AAACUAUCCUCAUUUUGGUUACUUUACUUGCAGAUUUAUGAUGAAUCGAAUGUGCUGCAAGAUGGCACAUUGAUUGAUUUGUGUGGUGCCACGCUGCUUUGGCGCUCAGCCGAGGGCUUACAACAUUCGCCGACCAAACGCGAUUUGGAAAAGUUAAUUGAUGAAAUCAACGCUGGACGUCCGCAAUGUCCGGUCGGUUUGAAUACCUUAGUAAUACCUAGAAAAGUGAAUAUCGGUGAUCAAGUGAAUCAGCCUUAUGUGUACUUAAAUUGCGGACAUGUACAGGGUCAUCACGAUUGGGGGCAGGAUAAGAGUACUGGUGCCCGUCGCUGUCCCAUGUGCCUCGAAGUUGGUCCGGUCGUUACGCUUUGUAUGGGUUUGGAGCCGGCCUUUUACGUUGAUGUUGGUGCACCCACGUACGCUUUUAAUCCAUGCGGUCACAUGGCGACUGAGAAAACAGUCAAGUACUGGGCAAAUGUUGACAUACCGCAUGGCACUAACGGUUUUCAAGCGGUCUGUCCCUUCUGUGCGACGCCACUGGAUGGCUCAUCUGGUUAUAUAAAGUUGAUUUUCCAAGAUAAUUUAGAUUAAAUUAGCAUAAAAUAGUUUAUAUUUAAUUAAAAGUAAACAAAACAUACAUAUUUUGAGUGCAUGCAAAUGUUGUAGUUUAUCGGCAUAAAUGUCCAAAAAAAAUUGAAAGUAGAUAAUAUUUUGCUGCGAAAGGGCUUUUGGACAUUUUCAAAGCAGUUUAAUGU